AUGGCGGGCAACAAAUGCCCAAUGCUUCUUUUUCUCAACCUCCUUCUUCAGGUUUGUUCUUUUUUUGAAUCUCUAUAUAGAUUUCAGACAAGUAAAACUUAUUGAAAUUGUAGGAUUUCCACAUUUUUUUAAAAUUUGUAUUCUCUGUAGUUUUAGUUGAAAAAAAUAGUAUUUAUCACGUAAGAACUUUGAUAUUAGGCUUUCUAUUUGCUGAAAUGGAGAUAAUUUUUUUGAACAAAAAAAGAACAAAAUUAUAGUUGUAUGAUUUUUAUUUAAAAUUUUUCAGAGUUUUCGAAACUCUUUUUCUCAGUUUAAACGCGUUUUCGAGUCUUUUGAGUCAUCUAUUAGAAAUAUUGGAAAUAUUCGGUAUUUUUUUUUACAUUUUUCAUAGUUUUAAGUAGAGCAUUUUUCUCCGAAAUAAUCGGAAACGGAUGUUUUCCACAAUGAUUUCCCCUAGAUUUCAUAAUCCCAUGAACUUUCUAUUUUUUUCGACUCUGAUGAAUCGAAUUGAAUAAUAUUUUUCCGCCCACUCAACCUCUAUUUUUGGCUGUUUUCAGAUUCCACGCAAAGUUUUGUAUGCAUGUAUUUAUUUUCUCAUUCACUGGUCGGAUCUUGUACUUUUGUUUUCGAUUGAGCGUCUGAAAAUGGAUUAUUUUGCCAAGAUGAACACAAAAAUUAGAAUUAAAGAAAGAAAAAUUGAUAAAUUAUGGUCCGAAUUGCGAUUUAUUAAAAUUUAUAACUGAAAAAGAAAAUAUAUGUAUAUAAAUAUCACGAAAACGAAACCGAUUUCUAUUUCAAAAAUGUUCAAAUUAAUUAAAGAAAAUCUUUUAAAAUAUUUGACAGGGAUUUGCAGAGGUGUAAGGGUUCAGAAAUGCACUUUUCGUGACCAAACUAGUACUUCUUUCGAAGAAAAGCGAGUUUUUCAGACAAAAAAAAAAUUGAAUUAAGAAACUUUUUUUGAGAAACGCGGCGUAAAAACUCCUUUGAAUGACCUCCUGUUAAAAAAAUCCCCCAAAACUUGAAAAAAACGCAUAAUUUAAAGGUGGUUCUCUCGCUGACGUCAGAACUGUCCCGGUCGAUGAUUGUCAAGUUCGACCCUCCAGUCCUUCAUAACCUCGAAGAGCUCAAGGAGGAAACGGUCAACGUCACCUUGAGAUUCCCGAAAAACGAAUUCGAAGCUGAGAACGUCGAGAAAUUCUCCUUUCAGAUGAAGUAGUCAUUCCCGACUUUCUUCAUUUAUAUAUCCUUGUUUUUUCAGGUCGUUCAGUCCUGAAGUGGCUUCUGUCGAGGAACCAACCCUUGCCCUGACUCGAAAGGAAUUUAGUAUCCAGCCCGACAACUUUUAUGAGGCUGAGGUGCGGUUGAAAGAAGGAAAAUUUGAAAUUAUUGAUUUAAUUCUCAGGAAAGUGGAAAAUACUUGAUAAAAAUAAUUGAUUCCCCGACUUUUUUUCUAAAAGUUAAUGAAAUUUAAAAAAAUAAUGGAAAAAUAAUUUCAACUUUUUUUGAGAUUGUAGAGAUUUAGAAAAAGAUUUUUUUCAAAUAGGAGCUUCAGAAUCAACAAAAAAAUCGCUCCCACUCAAAAAGACAAUUUCAUCAUUUGAAAAAAAGUUGCGUGAAUUACUAAUAAAACUUACAUUUAAAAAUUCGAAUUUAGCCUGAAGUUUUUUUGCCAACUUUCUUUAACCUUGAAAAAAAGUGUUCUUUUGCAGCCUAGGUUAGAGAGUUUAUGUUAUUUUUAACUCACAAAAAAAUGGAAAAAGUUAAAGAGAAUAGAAUUUCGAAUUAUCCAAUGACCCAAAACAUUUUUUUAUUUGAAAGGAAAAACUGAAAAUAAUAAAAAAAUCGGUAUUAAAAAAAUUGGGCGAUUUUUCAAGAAAUAUUUGUUCAGACCGUUGUCAAAGUCAAGGGAAACAUGCUGGGAAAGACGGGAAUGAAAAAUUCGACUGGUACCGGCCGAAAAAUUGGCUCGACGUCGAUAAAGGAGACGAUGUAAGGAUAGAAGGAUAUUCAUCCGAAAUCUUCUUUAAAAAAACGAAACUCUAUUUUUAACCUUCAGAAAAAAAUUUUUUUAAAAAAACUUGGGAAAGGGUUUUUUUAAAUCAAUUAUAAGAAGAAAAAAAGUUGAUGCAACUUCAAAAAAAUGUUUUGCAGAGUUUUUUUAAAUAUGAACUCAGAGUUUUGUUUUUAUUAUUCUAUCGAAUCUUCUAGAAUUUCAAGAAUGAAGACUACGUUUCUCAGCAGUUCCAUGAACCAAUUCGAAUUACAAAAAAAUCAUAUUUCGAAUUCAAAGAUGUCAAAAAGGAAUGAGGGGGUUUUUAAUGCGGCCUCUCAUCAGAAAUUAUCGAGUCCUUUUUGCCCAUAUAUGGAAUUCAAAGAAACGACCUUUUUCAGCAGUUCCACGAACCAACUGAAAUGA